UAAUUGAAACCGGCCGAUGCGCUCUUAUCAUAAUCCGACGUGCCGUUGCAUGGAACGCGCGUCUUUUAAAAUUUCAAGUCGAAAAAUAAAUUCAAUUUUAGUUGAAAUUAAUAAUUAAUAUUUAUUUCAGUGCAUUAUAAAUUUUAUUUUAUUGAAUAUAGCUUGUUGUAGUUUUUAUAAAUUGUGAAGUGUUUUUGUGGACAGUAUUCCUGUUUUGCCGUUUUGUUUGCGAGUUUAUUUAUUCUUGGGAAAUUAUAAAUAAAGCAACAAAAAUGGCGCCCAAGUCUCCAUCAUUCCCCGGCAUCGCCGAGUCGUCGUCUAGUCAUAGGAUAAGCUACUGUAUGUUUGCCAUCCUGUUAUUAGCGUUACCUGUAGCACAAUGUCAGAGCGAAAGAAUGUAUGUAAAUAUCACGGACAUCAACCUCCUCGUGGACCAGACGUUCCUAUUCCAGUUAAUACAAGUAGGAGAAUACAACACAUCACUAAAAGUAGCAGCGCAGAUCCAACACCCGGAUAUAGUGCAGUUCAUCCCACCAGUUAUCGAUAUACCCGGCUCGCAGGAGCCCAACUCUAAUGCGACGCUCACAUACGAUAUAUGCGCUUACGGCAAGAGCCCGGGACAUUCCGAUGUCACGUUUAAUGUGACACCAACUGGGAUAGUUGACCUACAGUCAGUAUUCCUGCGCGUCACAGUAAUGCACUCGCAACACAUCUACAUAAUAUCUUACAUCAUGGGUUGGAUAUACUUCGUGGCUUGGUCAAUCUCCUUCUAUCUCCAAAUCUACAUCAACUUCAAGAGAAAAAGUGUUGUUGGACUCAACUUUGACUUCCUGGCGCUCAACAUCAUGGGUUUUACCAUGUAUUCGCUCUUCAACUGUGGAUUAUACUUCUCUGAAGUCAUACAGGCGGAAUACUUCAGUCGCCAUCCCAGAAGUCACAACCCCGUGCAGCUAAACGAUGUUUUCUUCUCACUGCACGCCGCUUUCGCCACUCUCGUUACUAUCACCCAGUGCUUCAUAUAUGAGAGAGAAGACCAACGGGUGUCAAACGUCGGUCGCUCCAUACUGGGUGGAUUUGUCGGUGUAAUCAUAAUCACGGCGAGUCUGGGCGCCGCCAACAAGAUAGCCUGGCUCGACUUCCUCUACUACUGCAGCUACAUCAAACUGUGCAUCACGCUCAUCAAAUACGUGCCUCAAGCAUACAUGAACUACAAGCGCAAAUCGACAGUGGGUUGGUCGAUCGGGAACAUUUUCCUGGACUUCACGGGCGGUUUCCUGUCCAUCCUUCAAAUGACGCUCAACGCAUACAACUAUAAUGAUUGGAUCUCCUUCUUUGGUGACGCGACGAAAUUCGGCCUCGGCGCGUUCUCAUUGGCCUUCGAUAUAUUCUUCAUGCUGCAACACUAUGUGUUCUACAGACUGGACAAGAAGUUUAUAAGAGUUGACAGUAGUGAUGAGGCUUCAACUAUGACCGGUAGCGCGGAUUCGAGUGAAUACUUUUUAAUUAAAACUUGGCACGCCGACGAGAAGAAAUACGAUUUGGAAGCGAAGGCGUGAUGGAGCACGCUGCUCAACAUAUUACACACCCCUAGAUCAAUACUGUCUCAACUCAAAAAUUAUUUUUUUGCAGAAACUAGAAAAAUAGUUUUUUUAUAAUGUACGGAAAUGUAUUAAAAUUUUAUAAAAGUUUAGAAUGAAAUAUUGUGCUUUGAAUUAAGCCAUACAGUUUUCCCAUACACAUAAUCGAGUUUGGGAUGAGAAAACUGAGAUUAGGUUUUUGAGUUGACACAGUUUUGGUCUAAGUUUUAUAAUAUUAAAUAAUAAUUAAUUAUUUAUUUUACAACAAUUUCCUAUUAGUGUUUUUAAUUUUAAAAGGUACUACAGGUAACUAUCGAUUCUGAAUUAUAUAAAAAAUAUUGCUAACUUUUUGAGUCUCUCAACUUUCACGAAUUUUGUCGCAAAAAAUUGAUUGUUUGGACUCAAAAAUUAAAAAAUACACGGCGACUUAAAAUUCUAAACAUUUUUGGUUUGUAAAAAAAAUGAAAUGUAAUAACAGCGAAUAUUACGUCAAAAUUAAAUAUAGAUCUGAAUUUUAGGCAACUGUGGCACUUAGGCACUUUAUAUAAUGACUAUAUUUUUAAACAAAAUGUAGCUUGCCAUUUUAUUUAUGAUGACCAGAGUUAAGUCUGGUCAUCAUAAAUAGAGUCUGACAAGAUAUAACAUUUAAUUUGCAUGGCGGCCAUUUUGAAAUUCUUUGUUUUUUUAUUUAUUUUAUAGCGGCAACAGAAACAAACACUGCAAAUUUCAACUGUCUACCUAUUACGGUUCAUGCCUGGUGACAGAUAGACGGAAAGACAGCGGAGGCUUAGUAAUCGGGUUCCGUUGGCACCCCUGGGGUACGGAACCCUGAAAAUAACUCUGAUCCAUUUUUUCGGCAACUAAUAAUUUAAAAUAAUAAAUCAAAAACUAGGAAAUUAUAAGUAUGAUUUUAUGUUAGCUUUAGUAAGAUAUUAUUCCACCUUUCAACGCAAUGGCUAUAAAAAAUAUUUGAUAGACUGGAUCUUCAACUGCAAUAAUAAUGGAGACAAGAUCACCAUUUUAUGUAAUAAAGUGUAAUCACAGAAUUCAAAAUGUAUAGAAAUGGUAUAAGGGCACGAGUGAAAAACAGACAUAAACGCUUAGUGGUAUUUGUCUGUCGCGGUAUUAAAGAACAACAAGUACCAUUUCCUAUUACCAGAUUUGGAAUUCUGUGAUUAAGACCAUUUUAAUAGUUUUGCAAAUAGAAACAUUGUUCGUUUGGGAGUAUGGACUGCUAUUUUAUAAGAUCUUAUCUUUAUUGUUAUAUUUU